CCGACAACGACGAAGCAGCUGGGGGACUUGUUGAGCAGCGAGCGGUACAGAUCCCGAUCCUGAAUCCUCCGAGCGAGUUCUUCCGUCCUCCUCGCAGUCAGCCAUGGCCCGCUCCUCCUCGCAGUCGCAGUCCUCCGUCGGUGGCGGCGGCGGCCGCGCCACCUCUAGCGCCGGGGGAGGCGGCUUCUCCGGGGCCGGCGGGAGCAACAUGCUCCGCUUCUACACCGACGAGGCGCCGGGCCUCCGCCUCUCGCCCACCAUGGUGCUCGUCAUGUCGCUCUGCUUCAUCGGCUUCGUCACCGCCCUCCACAUCUUCGGCAAGCUCUACCGCUCCCGCACGGCCGCGGCCUCCGCGUGAUCCGAUCCGGUCCGGUCCCACCGCUCUUGUGGAUCCACACAACGGAUCAGACUACCAGAUCAGACGGUGACUUUUUUUUGGGUGAUGAAUUAUGUAUGGGGAGAAGCCCAGCUUGUUAUGUUGCCUAGCUUUUGCUUGAUCCUUACUUUCUCAACUUAGAUCUCAGCUAGAUCUGCAGAUGGAAACCGUACAUGUCAUCUUAAUGGGGGCCCUUUCUGUUAUUUUCUUCCCUUCCCUUACCCUAAGAAUUAUUACUGUUUGAUGCAAGGAAUAAUUAUGUCUAGUUUUUUCUUGUAA